AUGGCUCAUCACACAAUUUUCAUCGUUGCAGUGCUGCUUUGUUGUGUCUGUUUGACAGUUUCAUCAAAUGGGAAAGUAUCCGUCAUUGAUCUACCUUACGUUUCCGGAGAAUGGUAUUGGAAACUGCGUUUCUUUUAUCCAGUCAGUGAAAGCGUGGAUGGAAAUGUUGAUGAACUACAGAACUAUACGUUUAUUCCGAAAACAACCUCAUCUUAUGUACAUACAAAUGAAACUAUAAAACCAGAUAACCAACUAAUUAGUAUUAAUUUGGUUAUGUCCACAGAAGGUUCCAAACUACAGAAAUGUGUUUUGUUGUUAACAGUAGAGCAGGAUGAGGAAUACUUUGCAUGGACAAAUAUGACAUUAAUAUAUCAGUUCGCUGAGCCUUUAUCCACUUUAUCACAAUCUGAAUUACCUACUUCUGAAGCCAAAAUUUCCACUUCGUCUGAUCAAAAAUUUUUAACUCGUACUGAUGAAGUGUAUGUGUGUGAUACAGAAAUACCAAUUAAAUUUGGUCACAGUGUUGAGAUUGUCUUUAAUUCAAUGACAUUUCAAGCAUUUAAAGCUGAAGAAACAAUUAGACCAGAUCGCUUACGAGAAGUUUGUCCACGUGACUUCAAGAUUAAAUCAACACUUCAGUAUCAACAAGAGUUGAAGAACAAUCAACAAAAUACUGCAAAAGACUCAGUCUCUUUUAAUUCAGUUAAUGUAACUGAGUGUAUUGAAUUGAAGGAUGCUAAUUUGAACAUCAAUAAUCAACAAAGUGGAACAAUGAAUUCAAGUUCAAGAAAUUCACGUUUACCACCAUUAAAUAGAAUUACCGUUAUCUCUCAAGAUGACUUUCAUCAGUUAUGUGCUCUUCUGGAGUUUCGCGGUUAUUUUCUUAUUACAUAUACAAACAAUCGUUCGAAAGAGACAACCUGUUAUCGAAUUCCUAUCGAUUUGACAGAGAAAUAUUCUUCGAACGAUGAGAUUUCUUACAUUUUGGAUAAAUCUUUUUUGAUGAAUCAUAACAACACAAAUAGCAAUAUAUCGGAUAAUAACAGUAAUAACAGAUCAAAAAUACCAUAUGUUGAGCCAGAUAAUUUGAUAAUAGUAACAGCGAAUUCAUCAUGCUGUGACAAUUUUCUUCGAUGUUUCUCUCUUCCACUCAGUUCUAGUGGAAAUGAGAACAGUUUGAUAAGAGAUUGGACAAUUGAUUUUUACUGGAACCGUACACCAGAAAUGUACGAGUUUGGUGAAGAGGGUUGGAGUAGUGUUGGUUCACCUGUUGGCGCAUUAUCAGGUGUUUAUGAUCUGGUUGAUGUAAAACUAAAGUAUCGUAUUGAUAGAAAUUCUGGAUUUGACUUUCUAAUAAGUGGAAAUGAUACUAAGGAAUUUAUUGUACAUAGCUUAGCUGAAAAGCGUUUACAAGCUAGAGUUGGUGAUUAUUAUGAAUGUGUUUCAGAGACUCAAUUUGUUUUUGAUACAGAAAAUAGUACAGUAGUUAAUUCGAAUGAUAAUUACAUUAAAUCACAUAACGACAAAUGGAAUAUUAUAAUGAGUUUACAAAGUGUACGCUCUCAAGCAUUUGCUGACGUCAAUGUACCAGAAUUUACUGGAGCAAGUGUUGUGUGUGCUGGUGAUAUCUCACAUGAUAUGAGUCUAUCUAUUGCAAUUGGUUUAUCAUUGUGCAGUUUAGUUAUUUGUGUACUAUUCGGUUUAGCAAUUAAUCACUUAAGACAAAAAGAUGAAGUCUUUAAACCCGUGGACACAACAGGAGAUGACCAAAAGUCAUGA